AUGGAAUCAGACUCCUACGAAGAAUCUAUACGUGGCGGUGCAACUCAGUCACUACCCAUAUUCAUUCGCAUUCUCUCAAGCUUUGCCAUUACUGGAAUUUUCGACCCUGAAUUCGCGAUACCUGUGUCAUCUAAACCUCCUACAAGGGGAAAUUCUGGGCAUGAUGGGGGUCAACUACUCACAUGGGGUCUCCCUGACUGUAUUACCAUGAUGGAUGCCGAAGGCGCAACUACAUCGUGUACUUCGCUUGCGGACCUCGGUCUUGGUGACAGGAGCUCCCAGUGCGCGUACGAAGCAUGUAAUUUGAUCGACGAGAACCCCGAAGUCGACACACUUCAGAACACUCAGAACUCGAUGGAAGCCACUGAGCCCUGGACUGCUUCAUCGGAGCCAUCACUGUCAACAGAAUACGAUGAAUGCUCGCGAGUGAGCAACGAGAUCUUAUCAAGGUUGAGAAGCGAAAUCAGCCAGCGGCGAACAGGUCAGGGUUCAUAUCCACAACAAGGGACCUCUCAACUCACAGACGAAUGCUUUGCAUUAUUCGGCCCGAGCAGCCUGAAGAAGUUCACGCAAGAGUACUGGAGCACUUGGUACAUCCACUGGCCGGUGUUACACCGGGCGACCUUCCAGAUCUCAAUAGCAUCAACUGGCCUGGUCGCUAGCCUCGUGCUUCUGGCUGCCAGCUAUUCACCCGACGCGGCCACACGAGAGCUUGCUCGGUACUGGGCUGACGCUGUAGAGGCGAUGGUGUUUGAGGACGAGUUUUUCGGAAGCAACACGGUAUAUUCCGCCCUGAACGGGGCUUGUCUGGAAAAGCGACUGCGAGCACUGCAGGCUGCACAUGCCAUGUGCAUAUAUCAGACAUUCGAGGGCAACCAUGCCGCACGACGAAGGAUAAGGCGGGGUCGUUUCAAUGAGGUUGUUGCUAUGGCACGGGAACUUGGCUUCCAGAAUGGUCGGCACACGGACCUGCAAUAUGUGACAGAGGACACUUUUGAUUGGAAAGAAUUCAUUUUGAAAGAGGAGCUCAUUCGCACUCUUACAUAUAUGGUCGUUCUCGACAGCGGAUUCAUCAUCAUCUAUAACUCGGUACCGAGGGUCAUGGUGCCAGAGAUACAGGCAGACUUGGUCUGUCCAGAAGCCUGUUUCCAGGCCACUACUGAGUCAGAAUGUCUCCAUCACCUUCUCGCCUGGAUCUCACAUCCACUGUGGAAAGGACGGCGCAUGUCCAUUGCAGAUGCAGUUCAAGUAUUGAGUCGGAACGACUUGGACUCUGAAACACAGCAGAUGUUCACACAAUUCGGGGACCUGAAUCUGUUUGUACUUACCUCAGCCUUGCACUCGACCGUCUUCUACAUACGAAACUCGAUCUUUCCAUUCGAUCAAGCCUCGGCUGUGUUGAACAUAAUGCGUAAUUGGAGGAGGAUAUGGAUGUUGCGCGAGUUAAUGAGAUUUCAAGAACUCUUCGGCACUCCCGCUCAGCCAUUGGAGAACGGCAGUGUUCAAGGAGAACGGUGGAAGCAAACCGGCUUCAUGAAAGACGCUUUACAAUUCUGGCUACUCGCACAAGUCAUGCUUGACAGUAAGAAUUCUGGACGCCUUGACAAACGCUCAGGUUCCAGCGAUAAUAGUUCCCCCUGCCAGUUUGAUCAGCCAAGUAUGAGGGAUCUCAAACGAUACCUUGGCAAGUUGGGUGGAAUUUCAACAUGA